UGCUGCUGCGGGUGCAGAGUGGGAGAGAGUUCAAGACGGCUGCUAGUGCAGCUACGGAGAGACGCUGCUCACCCAGGUCAGUCCUGGUUCUGUGUACAAUGAGCAGAAUUUGUAGAUGUGCUCCGUAGGACACAGCGGUUUGCUGUGGUCAGUGGAAUGAGAAAGGUAGAGAGAUAUUGGUGGUGAAACGUUGAGAGAGAGAUUGGUGGCACAGGAUAGUGAUAUUGUACUGUUUGAUUUGAUGGGGAGCCAGUGCAAGGUUCGGAGCGAAGCCAAGGAGCCAUAUGGCUGCACCGAAUGCCCAGGGCAGCACGUGACCCAUUGGUUUUGAAGCCACUGAUGUCCAAGGAAGGAUGAUGCUGCAACAAUCAACGCGAGUGCUGACCACGUGGAAAGCUAUUGUUUGUGGUGGCUGUAGUAAACAUAGGGUGUCUUUAUUGCGUUGACGUGCUUGUCGAGUGAGUGGAGUCCGAGGUGAUAAUGAGGAUUUUCAAGAGAUUUGAGAGACUGAUGGUGGGGCCAUUGAUGAGUUGAAUUUGAGGGAGCGACACUGUCGUCAGCCGUGGCUAGGUUUUGUCUUAUUGCACUGUUUAUAUUCAUAUUUUUACAUGUAAAGUGUCUUAGAGAUGUUUGUAGUAUUUAGAUGCUUUAUACAUUUUAUUAUCUUCAAUAUUUCCUAUAAUGUGCUGCUGGCUGCAUUGCCACUCAUGCCAACCUUAACAAGUGCUUGUUAUCAGAAUUUGCCCCAACACUCUUUACUGGCAUGACGCACAUCUACGUGUGUGACACAAUGUAGUCGCAGGUCAAUCUGAACUUUAAGUCUGAAUGUCUUAUACAAAAGUAAAGCUAAAUAAAUUAGGCAAUAUAAUAAAUAAAGAGACAAUAAAAUCAGUGUUUAAUUUGAAAACUUAAUUUACAAUUUUAGCGCAGAUGUGGAACAAAGACUCAUUGACGUGACAUAAUCGCCCAUCACAGUGACCUCUAGCUGGGUGGCUGGCAGAAAGGUUAAAUGGUGCAGCGUUAAUGAAGGCCACACUUAUCUAUGCAAAUAAAUGCAUCAAUCAUGCUGAACAAUGCAAACUUAACUGCAAUCGUUAGUAAAUUUAUUUUAUAUUUUAAUUCCUUCCAUCUCCAAAAGAGUUGAUGAGAAAAAUCCUUGCAUACAACACAAAGGGAUUGCGUCUAUCACCAAGGCAUAAAGGUCAUGGUUGUGAAGCCCAUAGCUUUCCUGAUACAAGCACGGCCAUGUCAAGUGAAGAACCGUAUGGGCGUUUCAAGUAAAGCGCCUUGCAGAGCGGUUGUCAACUUGCAUUAUUUAAUUAUUUGCAAAAUGUCACUUAAAAAAUAAAGCCUUUACGUCUGAUAGUGUUGGUCGAGCGAGUUAGGUGUAUAAAUACAGGUACUCAGAGAUCACAGCCAUAGGUAGCUUGAAAGAGGCUUCACACUCCGGCCACCCCAGUUGUAAUCUUGCAGUUUUACUCUUACGUUAUUAGUUUUUAUUUUUGAAAUAAAACCCCUGAAAUUAAAUAUAGUUUUUUUUUGGGUCAGCCUCAAAUAUCUAGCAUUUAACAAUUGUAAGAAUUUCAGAAUAAGAGAUUAGGAGGUUGUUAUUAUUAGAUUAAAACUGUUUAGACACAAACAUGAAGCUACUUGCCAUCCUGGCUGCGGCGUGCAUCGUGGUGUUGGCUGGACUGGACGGUGGUGCCGAGGGCGGUCGCCUUGGGGUGAAGCUGUGCGGGCGCGAGUUCAUCCGCGCGGUGAUCUUCACCUGCGGGGGCUCCAGAUGGAGGAGAGUCGGGAGUGGUGGUCUGCACACAGCACACCAAGACACCUCCACUCGGGGAGACACCUCGGACGAGUUUGAUCCCUGGUCCCUGUGGGGCGAGUCCAGCUCCCUGCAAGCAGAGGGCCCCAAGGCGGCCGCCUCUCCCUCCGGGGACCCCGAGCCUGGGGCUCCCUGGCUUCACCUUCCUGGGCCCCAGGGCCUGCAGCGCGGAGACAGGGCCACCAAAGCAGGCCUCGCGUCUAUCUGCUGCCACUGGGGCUGCUCAAAGUCGGACAUCAGCACCUUAUGUUGAGAGCCCCCCGUGGUCACCAGGGGCCCCGUUCCCUGUCUCUUAAGGGUUACGUCCUGUGACCAGAGGCAGGGUUCUAUCUUGUGGGACGAGGGGCUGAGAGGGUGGUUGGCUCGAGUGAAGGGGGGGGGGGGGGGUGUCAGCUGUCAGCCACUGGCGCUUAGGCAGUACCUAGCUCCCCGAGAGAUCGCGGAGAGCCACGCUGUGUCGCGCUCCCUGCUUUUUUUCUGUAGCAACAUGCCACUGUGUAAACUAUUGAAGUGAGAGAAAAACACGUGAAUCCGGAAAUGAGUUUUAAGUGUCGUGAUUGAUGAGUGUCUUUGCUCAAUGAGAGUCCAUGCCUAUUUCCGUUGCGGCUCUGAGACCGCAUGAUGCAUUGCGCGUUUCAAGUGUCGGUUACCGUGGUGAGAAUGCAAACAAAUGCAGUCUCAGGCUUCCCUCCUCUUGUCUGCCAAUUGUCAUAACACAAUGAAUGGCAACUGUCUUUCUGUGUAACGUCACUCCCACCCACCGAGCACAUGCAAGCACUCAAUAAAAAGACAACUUUAAAAUGUC